ACCACAGCAAAUCCAGAUAAACUGUGAUAUAUCUGAGCACAUAUAGCGCCUCAGCUGGAUAUUCAGUACAAAGACGAGAUAAUUACACCGGAUGAUCUGAGCGGUGCUGGAACUGAGGAACUCUUGUCUUUAAAAACAGGCUCGAGAGGUUGUGGCAUGUGUGUUGAUUGAUCAAUGAGGGUAUUUGGGGAUGGCGCUGAUUGGCUUUGUGGCGGUGGCAGUGUGUGGGUCGCUGGUUGCUUGGGCCGAUCAGUUGAAGCAGGCCCGAAUGCCUUUGUUACACCAUCGUCCGUUUGUGGUGGUGUGGAACGCACCCACCGAAUCCUGUCGUCUUCGAUUCAAGGUGGAUUUGGACCUUAGUGUCUUCGACAUCGUUGCAAACCACAACGAGACUUUGAGCGGGCCCAACGUAACUAUCUUUUACCACAGUCACCUGGGUUACUACCCUUACUACACCAGCUCUGAGAUUCCCAUCAAUGGAGGCCUUCCUCAGAACCAAAGCCUGAGCAAACACCUCAGCAAAGCUCGAGCUGACAUCGACAAGCUCAUUCCCUUCAAGGACUUUCACGGGCUUGGUGUCAUCGACUGGGAAAACUGGCGUCCGCAGUGGGUGCGCAAUUGGGGCUCGAAGGACAUCUACCGAAACAAAUCCAAGGAACUUAUAAGGAAACUGCAUCCAGGUUGGCCACAAAGUAAGGUGGAGAAUGAAGCAAAGGAACUCUUUGAGAGGGCCGGACAAGUAUUCAUGAACUCAACGCUCUUGCUGGCCGAGAGUCGACGGCCGCAUGGUCUUUGGGGGUAUUACCUCUUCCCUGACUGUUACAACUAUGGUUAUAAGCAGCAUCCGUUGCGUUACACAGGAGAGUGUCCUAAUAUAGAGCAUGUGCGCAAUGACCACCUGAUGUGGCUGUGGAAGGAGAGUACGGCCCUCUAUCCUUCAAUCUAUCUCGACUAUGAGCUCAAGUCUUCGGCCAACACGGUCAAAUUUGUGCACUACCGUGUCAAGGAGGCCAUGCGGAUCGCCUCGAUUGCCAGGAAUGACUAUACGCUGCCUGUUUUCGUCUACUCCAGACCUUUCUACGCCUACACAUUUGUUGUCCUAUCAGAGAGUGACCUGGUCCACACCAUAGGAGAGAGUGCAGCACUGGGGGCCGCUGGGGUGGUCCUGUGGGGGUCAUCUGAAUAUGCAAGAUCUCAGAGAAACUGCAUGACAGUCAAGAAAUACAUUGACGGUCAUUUGGGUCACUAUGUGAUCAACGUGACCUCAGCCACUAAACUGUGCAGCAAAGCCUUGUGCAAGAAGAACGGCAAAUGUGUCCGCAAGAGCCUGGACUCUGGGGCUUACCUGCACCUCAACCCUCGCUUCUUCAACAUCCGCCUCAACCGAGGCAUUCGUGGGCCGCGUUUCCACGUCAGCGGCCACCUCAACAACCACGAUAUCCUGGAAAUGAAGCAAAAGUUCACCUGUCAGUGUUACCAGGGCUGGACGGGCAUCUACUGUGAGAUGCCCCAGAAAGCACAGACUCUCCCACCCCACCCGAGAGACAGUAUCCUGGGAGAACUACAGCUGCUCCUGUCCCUUCAUUUCUCCUGCCUGUCUGUCAUCAUGUUCUUGGGUCUGUGUCUCAUUAUUAAGUGUCUGAUACUGUAAAGCAGUGUAGAUGGUACUUUAGACAGUUUCCUACUAAAGAAAUUUAGAGUAGGUGAAGCUGAAGAUAGUUUUUCACCACAAUAACAGACAGACAGGCAUGCAAUUCAUUCAAGAACAUCACGCAAAUUUACUGCAACAAUGGCGCCAUGAACUUCACAUACUAUUGAAAAUCCAGCGUUUAAUUGAUCCAGAUAAGCACUCAUUGUCACGGUUGUAAACACGACGGCUUUCAUCUUCCAUGAGGCGGACCGUUAAAGAACGUGACACUCAUGUCUCCAGGAAAUCCUGGAGAAUACAACCAAUCAGACGGCGGCUUGAAGUGUUUCCCGUUUUGUGUGCCAUAUUCAUCAAACGUUCAGCGAACAGUUUAUGGGCUUGAGAGCUGAGGCUAAAACUACACAAAAACUGGUACUUAAAAUAAAGGAUCGAUCUGACCAGACAUUCACGAAUGAAGGACUUUUAUAAAUCAAAUCUUUUUAGUGAUUCGAAAACACAAAAUAGCGAGAGUAGUUUGAUGGAACAAGUCACUCUUUUGAACUGGUUCUUCUUGAAUCAAAACCAUGUGCUGCGCCCCAAUUCACAUAGGCCUACUAUCCACCCUUAAUUGUUUUUGAAAUUAGAACUAGUGUAUCCCAAAUCAUAGUAUAUGUUGAAAUGAGGAUUCCCACCCGGAUGGUCCAUGUGGACUCUAAUGUCCAUGACACACUCUAAUGGCUAAUAAUGGCGAAUCCACUGCGAGACACCAAUGUGUUCCUGAGCAAGACACUUAACCCCUAGUUGCUCCAGAGGCGUGCGACCUCU